UUGCCCUUUGUACAAAUGGCGACUUACGGUGAAACACGCUGUACCAUAUAACCCGCACGGCUCAUCCGGCCCGUUUUCCUCGUCGUGGAAAUAAAAAGUUGAGACUUCCGGCGCGGCCGAUAUCCGAUUAAACUGACUGCACCGAAAGGAACGCGAUCACGUCGAGCGUGCGACAAAUCGAGCGAUAAAUCGUGCCGAUAAAUACGUAUAAAUAAUGGGUAACGCGAUGGCCGCAUCCGCGCCUCUUCCACCUCCGCCGCCUUACAAUCCGCCACCGGGUCCCGGACUGAUACCGAAUUUAGGGAAACAGGAACCGUCCACGGACGUGUACGCGCCUGCCGAGACGCCCACUCAGAUCGAGAAUCCGGGUACCAUCGAGGACCUACACAAGAAGUGUAAAGAUAUAUUUCCUAUAAAUUUUGAGGGAGCAAAAUUGGUUGUCAAUAAAGGAUUGAGCAACCAUUUCCAUAUUUCACAUACCAUUAACAUGAGUUCUGUAAUACAGUCUGGCUACAGAUUUGGUGCAACUUAUGUUGGUACAAAACAAAUUUCACCUACAGAAGCAUAUCCUGUAUUGUUGGGCGAUAUUGAUCCAAGUGGAAAUCUUAAUGCCAAUAUCCUUCAUCAGCUUAGUUCAAAACUCAAAGGAAAAUUGGCAGCGCAAGUGCAGAGAAGUAAAUUCACUGCUAUACAAAUGACAGCUGAUUAUCGAAGUGAUGCAUAUACCUGCUCGCUAACGUUAGGCAAUCCAGAUGUUCUUAAUUGCUCUGGUGUACUUGUUUUACAUUACUUACAAAGCUUGACACCGUCACUCGCAUUGGGUGGUGAGCUUGCGUAUCAACGUGGACCUGGUUUGCCAGGUGGACAAAUCGCAUUGUUGUCCGCUGCAGGAAGAUAUACGCACGGUGACUCCACAUUUAGUGGAAGCAUUAGUCCAUCCGCUUGCCAUCUCUGUUUCCACCAACGUGCUAGUCAACAAUUACAAGUGGGCGUGGAGUUAGAAAUCAACGCGCGCAUGCAGGAAUCGACGGCAACAAUUGCUUAUCAAGUCGAUUUACCUAAAGCGGACUUAGUGUUUAAAGGUAGUGUAGAUACGACUUGGACAGUAGGGGCAGUUCUAGAAAAAAGGCUACAACCGUUACCAUUCUCGUUCGCACUUAGCGGUAUGAUCAAUCACAGCAAGCAGCAGUUUAGACUGGGUUGCGGCCUAAUCAUCGGUUAAGAACGACGCUCGGUUAUACGAUUUGCGAGAUGCAGAUCCGAAGUAAAUCGGAAACUCCGCUUUUUGUGCAGUCGGACAAUCGUGCAAUCUUAAGAUCCAAGAUGCUGUAUCGAUUCUUUUCCGAUUUCAAAGAACAUCUGGCAUGUCGUGUUUCGUUAAAACUCAUGUUAAGCGAUCGUGUUAAUUUGAUUAAAAGAUCUAUACAGAUUUUCGGACUGAAUUUCUCGUUUUAAUACACUGUCCAUGUUUUUUUUUCUUUUUUUUCUGUUUACAACAAUUUGUCAUUGGGAUAUUGAUAAUAUAGAUAAAAAAAUUGAGAUAAAAAAUAAUAUAUAGUAAAUAUGCUACAUUAUCUUUUUCAUAAGAUUGAGAUCCAUAUUAAAAUUCCGAUAUAUUUUUGUGAACAUAAUAUCCUAUUUAACACAAGAAAUUAAUUCAUUUUUUAGAUGCAUUUAUAUAUUGACUACAUUUUAAGUAAUUACUAAAUUUGUUAGUAUAUCAAUCUCUGUCGGACUAGCAACCAAAUUGCGAAAGCUACAUGAGUAAGUGUGUAUUUGUACAGAAAUAUUGAAACAAAGAUAUUGAAUAACGAUUGAUUAAAAAUUUUUGUUAUCAUUAUGCUAAACCAAUAUUAAUGUUAUAAACACUCCAUAAUUGAAGAUGUAGAAACAUGUUUCAAAGCAAUGGAGUAACUCCCUUAAAUUCUUUAUGUAAUGUUAUUUCACGAACGUACUGAUCUCAACUUUCUAGAUUUUUCUUACUGAUAUAACAAAUAGAUAAAGUAUAUAUACAUGCUCUAUAUUCAUGAAUCCCACUAUAUAAUUUUAGCAUUUAUUCAAAUAGUAAUUUUCUUUGUAUCACGAAGAUGCAAUGCAUUUAUUGUGUAAAAGCAAUUCUUUAUAUUUCGUAUCUUGUUUGUAUAAAUUGAUGAAUGUAUGUGUUCAUUAAUUUUAUACGAAUUUUUUAUUUUGACAAUCCACAACUUACAAGAUGACGAAAAGUUCGUGAACACUUAUUUUUAUAUAUUUACAAUUUUCAUCUGUUGAGAUUAUUAUCGAAAAAUUAUUGUAAAUAACUAUAUCACAAGAAAUAUGAUAAACUGUUAUAUGCCACGCGAUCACGGUAAUAAUGGUAUAAUGACUGUACAUUACGAGGCAAUGUCUACUUUGUGUCUUGAAGAUUCGGUUCACGCAUAAUUAUGCUAUACAAAUCCUCCUGUAAUAUAUGUACCGUGGAUUGAAUCACGCGUAAUCUUAUUUUGUCCACGAGGCAUCAUCAAUUGGCAAAGUUUUUUGCAAUAGAUGAACAAUGUUCACGCAUUUAUUACCUCUGAUGUAAAAUCUCAUAGAAGCAAUAAAAAAGAAGGCGACGAUCCAGCUUAAAGUUACAACAGCACGCGCGGAGAGACCUACGUCGUUUUGUACUCUUUAAUCUGUUUGUACACAAUUUUAUUGUAAGUAUGACAGAAUAAAGUUGUAUAUUGUUGAACAAAACCA